UCCCGCGCUCUUAUAAAAUUUUCCUCAGAUUUCCUUCGCCAUAUUCAUCCGUUCACUCCUUUCCACUGCGUGGGGCGAAGCAGAGGCCGCCGGCGAACUCCUGCUUCCACCGAUCGAGCCAAGGGAAGAUGGACUACUUCAAUGGACCGGGGAGGAAUCACCUCUUUGUUCCGGGACCUGUUAACAUCCCGGACCAGAUUAUUCGUGCUAUGAACAGGAACAAUGAGGAUUACCGCUCUCCAGCCAUUCCUGCACUUACAAAAACCCUUCUGGAGGAUGUCAAGAAGAUCUUUAAGACCACUUCCGGAACUCCUUUCCUCAUUCCAACCACAGGAACUGGGGCGUGGGAGAGUGCAUUGACAAACACAUUAUCCCCUGGCGAUCGUAUAGUCUCUUUCCUUAUCGGCCAGUUCAGUUUGCUCUGGAUUGAUCAGCAGCAACGACUGAAGUUCAACGUUGAUGUUGUUGAAAGUGAAUGGGGUCGAGGUGCUGAUUUUGAUGUUUUGGCUUCCAAGUUAGCAGAAGACAGAGCACACAGCAUUAAGGCCAUUUGUAUUGUGCACAAUGAGACGGCAACAGGGGUCACCAAUAACUUGGUUACUGUAAGAAACUUACUCGAUCAUUACAACCAUCCAGCACUGUUGAUGGUUGAUGGAGUAUCCUCCAUCUGUGCCCUAGAUUUCCGGAUGGAUGAAUGGGGAGUAGACGUCGCUCUCACUGGUUCACAGAAAGCUCUUUCUCUCCCCACUGGAAUGGGGAUUGUGUGUGCGAGUCCUAGGGCUCUAGAAGCCUCCAAGACCGCAAAAUCAGUCCGUGUCUUCUUUGAUUGGAGUGACUACUUGAAGUUCUACAAGCUGGGCACAUAUUGGCCAUACACACCUUCCAUUCAUCUCCUAUAUGGCCUUAGAGCAGCCCUUGAUCUCAUUUUCGAGGAAGGACUUGAAAACGUGAUCAACAGGCACGCUCGCUUGGGUAAAGCAACAAGGCUUGCAGUGGAGGCAUGGGGGCUGAAGAACUGCACGCAGAAGGAAGAAUGGGUCAGCGACACAGUCACUGCUGUGGUCGUCCCAUCAUACAUUGACAGCGCAGAAAUCGUUAGAACUGCAUGGAAGCGCUACAACUUGAGUUUAGGAUUGGGUCUCAACAAGGUUGCUGGGAAGGUUUUCAGAAUCGGGCAUCUUGGUCACCUUAAUGAGUUACAACUUCUGGGUUGUCUUGCUGGGGUGGAGAUGGUCCUGAGGGAUGUGGGGUAUCCAGUGAAGCUGGGCAGUGGGGUUGGGGCUGCUUGUGCGUACUUACAGAACACAACUCCCUUGAUUCCUUCCAGGAUUUAACGAUGAAUUGUACUAAUAGCUACUGUUCUGCCUGUCUUCUGUGUUUAUAUACUGUAAAAAUUUGCACAAACCUCAUGUUCUCAGGCUUUGUAUUUGGUCCUAAGUGUUUGCUUAAUAUAAAGUGUACCCUUCUGUCA